AUGCAGCAGGAUCUGAGUUAUCCCACAAAGUGCAGGGACAUGACUCUCCUUCGUGAGUCGCUGCAGCGGUUUGAGAAGGCAAUGCAGCGCACCAUGCUGGUGAUGAAGGAGAUGCGGAACGCGCUGGAGGAGGUGAGCGUGGCGUUCCAGGGCCUGACCUCCCUGAGUUGCUGCGGCGACGGCGCCAAGGCGACGAUGCGGCGCUUCGUGGCGGAGAUGCGGGAGUUGAAGGAUGGACCGACGUUCCUGCAGUACAACAAACGCGUCCACGAGGACGUGGUGGAGCCUGUGAAGCAACUGUGUGCGCGACUGACAGACGCGGAGUCCCGCGCACGUCAGCGCGACGAGGCGCUGAGGCAGUACGAGGCCCUGCGGAGGGAAGUGGCGAGGAAGGAGGAGAAGUACGCCAGGCGCCACAAGAGCCUCGCCGAAAGCAAGACGUACACGAAGAAGACCGACCUCCGUGAGGCGAAGCUGAAGGUCUGUGCGGCGAUGACCGCCGCCUUCAACCAGUCGUUUGAAAGACUCCUGCUGCAGACGGCGACGGUGACGGAGGCCACGAUGCGCCGCUACAUCUACUUGAAUGCGGCGUUCCUUGUCGCUGUUGUGUACGCGUUUCAUAGGGCCGCAACGUCAGCGGAGUUGCGGCCGGCGCAGCAGCUGCCGUCGGUGCCGUCUGACACUCAUCUGGCUGCCGCAAUGGGGGCCUCCGCACCUGCAGAGGGGGGCAUGACCGCGCGAGCCUCUCCCCUGGCCGCGACGGAGAGAGCAGCGGCUGCGCUUCAACCGACGCGCCAGGCGGCGUCUCCAGCGUGUACUGCGCAUCCCGCGUUUUUAAGCGCUCCCUCAACAGUUGCUGCCCCGCGCUAUUCGGAUGCCUCAAGGAGUGGCUCAGUUCUGCAGGUACCUGGCGUGGACGACGCUCACGGCGCCUCGGGCCGCCCCCCCGUCGACCUCUCCCCAUCAAGGCCCCGAGCCCCUGCCAGUGAGGCGCCGGUCAACGGAGCCGAGGACGCUGAGGCGAUGAGGCCGGAGUUCUACAGCAUGGACCACCUGCGCAUGGAGCGAGGGACGGCAGGCAACGUCUCCGGCCUCCCGAUUCCCCUUCUGUGGCGGUCCCAAGAUUUCUGA